AUAACAUCCUUGAACACUCAUCAACAGUAGCCAAAUGGGAAAUAAGGUCAACAUCACAGAAUUCAUUCUCUUCGGACUUUCCUAUGACCACAACAUACAGAUAUUUUGUUUUGUUCUUUUCUUAUUAUGCUACAUUAUACUCUUAUUGGGGAACCUCCUCAUCCUCAUAUCCAUCUAUUGUAGUACUCUUUCCCACCAACCAUUGUAUUACUUCCUCAGUCACUUGGCUUCUAUAGAUAUAUGCUAUACUUCUAGUGUUACACCAAAACUGAUUGGGGACCUGUUAGCUUCAAAAAGAACCAUUUUGUAUAAUUCUUGUAUGCUUCAAGUCUUUGUUAUGCACUUCUUUGGCAUGAUCGAAGUCUUCAUCCUGACGGCAAUGGCCUUUGACCGCUAUGUUGCCAUCUGUAAACCCCUGCAUUAUGUGGCAAUCAUGAGUAAAAAGAAAUGCAAUCUCAUUGUUGUAGCUGCUUGGGCUGGUGGGGCUGUUCAUUCCUUUCCACAGUUAACCAUGGCUCUCCAGUUACCCUUCUGUGGUCUCAAUGAAAUCGACCACUAUUUCUGUGACAUUUUUCCCUUGAUGAAAAUUGCCUGCACAGAUACUUAUAUCACGGGGGUUUUAGUUGUAGCCAAUUCAGGACUGUUUGCCUUGGUGACAUUUGUAGUCUUACUUGCUUCAUAUGUUAUUAUAUUAUAUACCUUAAGGACAUAUUCUGCUGAAGGACGGUGGAAAGCUCUCUCCACCUGUGGAUCUCAUGUCACAGUUGUCAUUUUAUUUUUCGGUCCUAUAAUAUUUUCCUACCUCCGACCUCCUACCAGCUACCCAGAGGAUAAGGUGCUAGCUCUGUUUUAUACCAUAAUUGCUCCCAUGUUCAACCCCUUAAUAUAUACUCUGAGAAAUACUGAAAUGAAAAAUGCCAUGAGAAAAGUAUGGUGUCAAAGGGUUUUUAGAAAAGGAAACCUAUAUUAGUUAGAUUGACUGAUCUCUGGGACCAUCUGGUGGAUAGGAAAGGUUCUGAAUUUGGUCAACAGGAAAGCUAAAAGCUGGGUGGGACAACAAGUUGAUAGGGUUUCCUGUGUACAUAAAGGGGGAAAAAAACAUUCAGUAGGAAAAAUUAAUUGAAAAUAAAUUGUGCUGAAACUAUGAUUUCCCUGGUCAAUUUUUUCAUCAUUUUAAUUAUUUUCAUUUUCUCUUCCUCUCUGCUUUCCAUUAUUUUGGGGCAUCCCAUAUCAUAUAUGAUAAUACAUCAGGUCAACAAUAAACAUCAUGUGUUAUCACUUUUAAUUUAAUAUACCAGUUUGAUUACAUUAAAGUAAAAUAUGAGUUUAUAUCUAUAUAUUGAUUAUCUAAACAUACAAAUACAUAAACAUAUGGUUUGUAACUAUUUGGCAUGUUUAUUUUUAGUUGUAUAUAACAGUGAAUAUUUGCAUACAAAAUUUUGCUAUCAUAUAUACAUAAUUUAUGUGUACAUAAAUAUUAUAUGUGUGUGUACGUACUUGGGAUAAAGAAAUUAUAAGUGGUCAAGAGUAUUAUAGACUAUAGCUACUGUUAAUAAAAAGUUUAAAGAUCACUUUUUAUGUGACUGUAAAAAGACAAUUUAAUGGAGGCAAGGCAAGUUAAGAAAAGACAAGACAAGGAAAUUUGUAUUUAU